GCACAGCGGCGUCGGAGCCCGUUGAGGAAGCUCACUGACUCGGAGGCAGACUCGCUCUACUUCACUCUCGAUGCCAAUGGUGAGGGACGCAUAACAGCUGCUGACGUGGCCAGGCUGGCAGCAGUGCACUCUUUCCUGUGGAGCGAGCAGCAGGUGGAGGACAUGGUCACGCUCUUCAGCCAAUCACAG